UUGUACAUUUAUGCAUGGAGAAGAUAUAGAGAUGUUGUUGUGAUCAUGGACACAUAUAUACAUUUUAAACAGAGCCCCUGCUAUAUAAGGGGUGGCUCAACAGUUGCCUUUACCAACCUAGAUAAAAGGAAGAAACAGCCCCUGUCAAAGAAACACCUGAGCAACUCAUCGGGCAGAAAUGGCUCCAGGGUCAUGGUUUUCUCCUCUCUUCAUUGCUGUGAUCACUCUGGGACUGCAGUGGCCACAGGAAGCUGCCACCUUCCCGGCCAUGCCCCUUUCCAACCUGUUUGCCAACGCUGUGGUGAGGGCUCAGCACCUUCAUCUCCUGGCUGCCGAGACAUACAAGGAGUUCGAACGCACCUAUAUUCCAGAGGACCAAAGGCAUGCCAACAAAAAUUCCCAGGCAGCAUUUUGUUACUCGGAAACCAUCCCUGCUCCCACGGGGAAGGAUGAUGCCCAGCAGAAAUCAGACAUGGAGUUGCUUCGGUUUUCACUGGUUCUCAUCCAGUCCUGGUUGACCCCGGUACAAUACUUAAGCAAAGUGUUCACAAACAAUCUGGUUUUCGGCACCUCAGACAGAGUGUAUGAAAAACUAAAGGACCUGGAAGAAGGGAUCCAAGCUCUCAUGAGGGUAAGUUGGACCAUGUAGCAUGAUUACAGAGUAACAGAGAUCUCCUAGACAGAGGACACUCAGCUCUCAAGAAUCUUCCACAGGAUCCAAACACUAUGAGAAAUCUCUCUACCUUCCACUCUCAAGACCAGUGGCAUCCC